AUGGCUACAAAUAACAGGAAAAAACUAUUGUUGAUGGGGCGUUCUGGCUCCGGGAAGUCAUCAAUGAGGUCCAUCAUCUUUAGUAACUACUCAGCUUUCGAUACACGUCGCCUCGGGGCUACUAUAGAUGUUGAGCACUCGCACCGACGGUUUUUAGGCAAUAUGACCCUUAAUCUAUGGGAUUGUGGUGGUCAGGAUGUCUUCAUGGAGAACUACUUUACUAAGCAAAAGGAUCACAUCUUCCAAAUGGUGCAAGUGCUUAUCCAUGUCUUCGACGUAGAGUCUCAGGAAGUCAUGAAAGAUAUCGAAAUCUUUACCCGAGCUUUGAAGCAAUUAAAGCAUUAUUCUCCGGAUGCCAAGAUAUUUGUCCUGUUGCACAAGAUGGAUCUGGUGCAGUUAGACAAAAGAGAAGAGCUAUUCCAGCUGAUGAUGAGAAAAUUACAAGAGACGUCAGCAGAAUACGGGUUCCCUAAUCUGGUGGGAUUCCCUACAUCAAUAUGGGACGAAAGUUUGUACAAGGCAUGGUCUCAGAUAGUGUGCUCGUUAAUUCCCAAUAUGGCGACGUAUCAAGCAAAUCUGAAGGAAUUAAAAUCUGUAAUGGAUGCGUGUGAAAUCAUUUUGUUCGAGCGAAGUACAUUCCUUGUCAUCUGUUCGAGUAAUGCCGCUAACGGCGAAAGGCUGGAUCCCAAAAGGUUCGAAAAGAUAUCGAAUAUAAUGAAAAAUUUCAAGCAGAGUUGCACCAAGUUAAAGAGUGGUUUCAGAACACUGGUAAUAAAUGAAAACAUAUACGUGAGUGAGCUUUCAUCCAACAUGGUGUGCUUCAUUGUGCUAAAUACUUCCGAUGAUUGCCAGCAAAUGGUCUUGGAGAAUAUUAAAAAGGCGAAACAAUUUUUCCAGUGA